AUGCUGGCCCCCCUCCCCCAUCAAACAGCUAAGAACUCUUGCCUUGUUCACUGUACUGACCAUAUCCCCGGUGGACUGCAUCCUGAUGGACCACUAUGCAACUUCCAAGGAUUUUGGUUGACCUAUUUUGAUUGGGCAGUUCUGCUGUGGGUCAGCUGCAUCACAUUUAACUUGUACAUGAAUGUUGUACGAGCAAUAGAAACAGACAGAUUUGAAUGUCAGUCUCUCACUCUCUAUCUCUCUCUCUUUGACCUAGCCUGUCUCUUUCCUCUGUGGUUCCACCUCACUCUCUUUCUCUUCUGCGCUCCUCCGUGUGUGUCUGUCUCAAUCUCUACUGCUUUCCCCCCCAUGUCUGUCUGUCUACUGUGCUCCCACGUGUCUGUCUCACUCUACUAUUGCUCUCUCUCAUGUCUCCUUUGGCUACAUCAGCUCAUCUCUCUCUCUCUCUCAUGCAUAAGCAUCUCCCCUACCUACUUCUUUUCCUCUCCUUGUUGCAUAUGCAUCUCACCUACAACCCCUUCCCUCUCUGGUCCAUGCAUAUCGCUCCUAACCUCAUUCCUUCUUUUAGUCUGGUCCAUAUGCAUCUCUCCUAAUCCCAUCUCUCUCUCUCUCUGGUGUAUACACAUCUGCCCUAUUCCUCUUUCUCUUUCAUAUGUAUAUCCCCUACCUUCUUUUCUCUCUCUUAUUCAUAUGUAUCUCCCUUACUACCUUCUCUCUUUCUGGUCAGUAUAUUUCUCCUACCACCAUCUCUCUCCUCAACUCAUAUGGAACUCUCCUAACACCAUCUCUCUCUCUCUCUCUCCCUCAUACACAUCUCCCCUAUUUCUCUUUCUCUCUCAUGCAUAUAUAUCCCCUACCUCCUUUUCUCUCUCUUAUUCAUAUGUAUCUCUCCCUACUACCUUCUCUUUCUUUCUUGUCUGUGUAUAUUUCCCCUACCUCCAUCUCUCUCCUCAUGCCAUAUGCAACUCUUCUACCUAUAUUCUUUGUGUGGUGUACCAUCUUGUAUGCUGCCUAUUUCCGCUGUUAAUGUCUUCCUUACCAUUUAUUGGAGACCAUUACGGACCUGCAGGGGCAUGGUGCUGGAUUAUUGAAGAUUGGAAGUGGCGAGUUGGAAUCUGGUACGGACCAUUGUUUGGUAUAAUUGCACUUCUGUUUGUCACAUAUAUUUACAUUGUAGUGACACUAUCUAAAAAGGUCUCUACAUGGGAAGGCACCUACGACCCAGAUACAGAAAGGAACAAGCAAAUGCUGAAAGAAGAUAUCAAACCUCUUCGUGGUUAUCCAUUCGUGUAUCUGGCUGUCUCCAUAUUUCCUUUGAUUUAUCGAAUUCAAAAUGCUGUCAGCACUGGUAACCCUGUUUUUACUUUAGUUCUGCUUGCGUCUAUCUCCAGUCCUUUGCAUGGCGCACUAAAUGCCAUUGUAUUUGGAAUGGACAGAAAUAUCUUUGAACAACUCACGCCCACACGAAUUAAGCAUGAUAUUUCAUUUUCCUCCAAAGACUAA